AGCGGUCGAGCUGGAGACGCGUCCCCCUGCCCGGAGCUGCGAUGAGCACCCCAGCUGUGCCCCAGGACCUGCAGCUGCCCCCGAGUCAGAGGGCCCAGUCCGCGUUCAGAGAGCAAAGAAGACAAAAACUCAAGGAGCAUCUGUUAAAAAGAAAAACCUUUUUUGCAUACAAACAGGAAAAUCAGAUAUUAUCCAGUGGUAGAGACCAGAGAGUGAGGACAUCUGAAGGCCAGAUCCAAGAAGAGACAAAAAUUCUGGAACUUAAGGCAAAAAUGGCUGAUAAAGAGAAUGUCGGUAGACCUACUGGGAUCAAGAAUAAUAUAACAAUGGAAAAAAAGUGUAUUCCUUUAAAACCUUCUAAUGAAUUAACCAAUUCAACUACAGCAGUUGAUACACCUAAUUUUGAGGAUAAUAAUCAAACUCUGCCAUUGUUACCAAUUAAAGAUGACCCCCAAAGUCAACAUAUGACGUUAAGCCAAGCAUUUCACCUUAAAAACAACAGUAAAAAGAAACAAAUGACUACAGAAAAACCAAAGCAAGAUGCUAACAUGCCCAAGAAACCUGUGCUUGGAUCUUAUCGUGGCCAAAUUGUUCAGUCUAAGAUUAAUUCCUUUAGAAAACCUCUACAAGUCAAAGAUGAGAGUUCUGCAACAACGAAGAAACUUUCAGCUACUGUCUCUAAAGCCACAAAGUCUCAGCCUGUACACGCCAGCAGUGUAACAGUGAAAAGUGAUAGAGCCUCGCAUAUGACGACUGCCACUAAAUUUGUGAGCAGUACAUCUCAGAGCAGUCAACUUGUGCGACCUUCUAUUAGAAGUCACCACAGUAAUAACCAGGACACCAUGAAACAAGGCAUCAGUAGGACGUCUGCCAGUGUUACAGUUCGGAAGGGGCCUCGAGAGAAAGAAUUAUUACAGUUAAAUACAGUUUCGUCUAUUAUCAAAACCAGUUCUUCUCAGGACAUAAAAAGAAAUAAGACACUAUCAAGAAGCAUGACAUCUGAAAUGGUAGCCAGGCCUGCUUCGUCUUCUAAUACUAAACUGAUAGAAAAGUCAGAAAGCAUUGACCAGCGCAGACAUACCAUGGUGAAAGCAGCUAUUGAUAGUAGAUGGACUCAGCCCAGAGAAACUGCGGAGGAGAGAAAGGCUCGUCUGAGUGAGUGGAAAGCUGGCAAAGGAAGAGUAAUGAAAAGGCCUCCGAGCUCAGUGGUUACCCAGCCUGAGCCCGAAGCACAAAAUGAAAAACCAGUUGGGUCCUUCUGGACUACCAUGGCAGAAGAAGACGAACAACGAUUGUUUACUGAAAAAGUAAACAAGACAUUUUCUGAAUGCCUAAACCUGAUUAAUGAGGGAUGUCCAAAAGAAGAAGUAUUGGUUACACUGAAUGACCUGGUUAAAAAUAUUCCAGAUGCCAAAAAACUUGUUAAAUAUUGGAUAUGCCUUGCACGUGUUGAACCACUUACGAGUCCUAUUGAAAAUAUUAUUGCAAUCUAUGAGAAGGCCAUUCUGGCAGGAGCUCAGCCUAUUGAAGAGAUGCGACAUGCAAUUGUUGACAUUCUGACAAUGAAGAGUCAAGAAAAAGUUAAAUUUGGAGAAAAUAUUGAGGAGGCUUGUGCAACCAAGGAACAAAUCCAAGAAGCCACCAUUGACGAUAUAAGUGUUAAUCUGGGGUCAGAAAAACCGGAAAUAGAAAAUAAGCAUCCUAGAAAUGUGGUAUUUCAAGGUUGUGAAAAAGAGCAAGAUGACAAAACAAAAGAUCCAACCAGUGAUGUUAAAACCCCCAAUACAGAAACUAGGGCGGGUUGCUUAAUUAAAUAUAAUGUGUCUACUACUCCAUACUUGCAAAGUGUGAAAAAGAAGAUGCAGUUUGACGAAACAAAUUCUGCAUUUAAAGAGCUGAAGUUUCUCACACCAGUUAGACGUUCUCGACGUCUUCAAGAGAAGACUUCAAAAUUGCCAGAUAUGUUAAAAGACCAUUAUCCUUGUGUGUCUUCACUGGAGCAGUUAACAGAGUUAGGAAGUGAAACUGAUGCUUUUGUGUGCCGCCCCAAUGCAGCCCUGUGCCGCUUGUACUUGGAGACUGACACGACAGAAGAGAAGUGA